UGCAGCAGCUCCUCAAAUAGGCCCGUGUUAUAACGCUUGUGUCUCUUCAGGACGCCAUUAGCCGCUUUGCCGGGCAGAAACACUGGGCCUGCAGCCAAACGGGUCAAUGCAAAGAUUUACUGGCGACCAGUCCAGCGUGUACUUCGCCUCUCGCUCGAAGUCACCUGGGAUAAACUCCAGCUCUGCCGUGAUCCACAGCUGGGACGGAAGCGGGGGCCUGGCCGGGCCCGACCGGGCCACAGCCUAUCACCAUGGGAAGCAGGCAAGAGUCAUGGAUCUUAUUGUUUUGUCCCACUGCGCACUUUGUGGAACUUUGCCAAGACACACGCCAACCUGGGAAACAAACUGCCAUUCCCCGAAGGAACGGAGAAGUGCUUCAGUGUCGGCGUGUGAUGUCACACAUCAAGAGUGCGUGUUCAUGAGCGCCAAAGCCAGGCUGCGGGGCGAUGCUUUCAACAGGCCCGGGCCUGGCAAAGUGGCGAUGCCUCGCAAAGGGCAAAGGGGGCCACAGGCCACGGACACAGUGGGAACACAACCCAGUGACAUUUCCACAUGGAACUCAUCCCCGCCCCCUCUCCUCACUCUCUGCCAACACCAGGCCGGUCCUUACCUCCAGAAGAUUCCUGCACUCGUCAGACUCUCAAAUGUGAAUCCCCGCUAUAUCGCAAAUCUUCAGCUAUUUGUUAUUUCAUGGGUUUUUGCACUGCCAAGGCAAGUUUUGCACCUUCAGUGUAGUAUGUUGUGCCACAAUUGAGCACGACUUGAGGGCAUGCAGCAAUAGUAGAGUACGCUUGCGCCUGGCAAAUAGUUUUCGUAUUGAGUAUGAAUCGAAUAUUCUUUGUCUGUUUUCUGAGCAGAUCAGGUUUUGGAGAUAUUUUUUGGUUCAGUUUGACCUAUAAUAGCUUGCACAAGAUGGAUUUUAUAAUGCGUUGUUUUAUCGCGAUAAUGUUUCAGAAAAAAAUAAUUUCUAAAUAUGACUAAACAUAUUUCUAUAUCAUUUUUCUUAGAUUUUUACUGUUAUAAAAACUUGAUUUGCUC